GGCCGCCCCCAACACCGCUGUCCCGCAACCUUCGCCACGGCGGGAGCCUCCGCCUCUCGGGGCGGGCCCGGGCCGCGGCCAUGGCGGCUGAGCAGAGCGGUGCGGCGCGGAGCGAGGCGGCGGUGGAUCAGUUGGUGCAGGCCGGGCGGCGGGCGGGCAGGGACGCGGCGGAGAUCCGGUGGUGGCACGCAGCGAACAGCCGGCACCGGGCCCGGCAGGCCGCCCGCAGUGCCGUUCACAUGGUAGAAGCAGAUGUCCUCCUUCGUGGUGGCACGGGAGGAGGUGGAGAGCCGAUCAUGGCCCAUCCUCCUGACACAGACAGCGACAUCACGCUGCGGGAGUGGCUGGAGGAGAUGGUCGGCACAGAUAAGGGCAUCAAGCUGGAUUUCAAGAGCCUUGAUGCCAUUCAGCCCUCCUUGGAGCUGCUCCAGCUUGUGAAGCCGUGUUUGGAGAGACCUGUUUGGCUCAACGCAGACAUCCUCCCGGGACCCAAUGGGAUCAACGCCGUUGUGGAUGCAAAGGGAUUCCUUGAUGCCCACCCCACAGACACCACCCCAAUACGUUUUUCCCACAACCGCAGAUAUAGGGCAAUGGUGAAAGAAAUGGCUCAGAUCUGCAGUGCACUCUCUCAGCCUGUCACAUUCCCUGUACGGGCAGUGUUAGUGCGGCAGUCAGUGUCUGAACUGCGCUGGUUAAUAGACCAGUCAGAUCGGUACAGCCUCACUGUUUGGACAGGCAAACAGGAUGUGUAUUCCGUAGACGACUUGCUUUUCAUCCGUGAAAACUUUGAUAAAAGUAGGGUUUAUUAUGACAUCUCAGAACCACAGAAUUCUGAGUUUAAGAAAGCUAUAGGAAUAGGAUGUUAAAUAUGAAGCCCACAAGGUAUGACCUCAUUUAUAAUACUUGGUUUCUUUGAAUGAGAAAGGGAAGUGUUUUUUCCUUCCCAAAUGGAGUGUACAGAACACAGCCAUGGUCACUGACGUAGUUCUUGUAUAAUUGCCAUAAAACAUUCCCCUAACAGAAACGCAGUGCCUCUUUAACAGGUCAGUAUUGUUACUUGUCACAUGCAUGUUCUCUGUCAUUCUCCCAGUGGCAUUUAGCACUUGUUUCCUGCAGGUAGAUAAAAGGGGAACAGCCUUAGUUGCUAGUUGUAGACUGAGGUAAUUUGCUACCAACAGCUUUUGUGUGAGCCAGUCAAGAACCAUUCAGUGUCUGUCAAGGAAAAUCAUUCACGUUUCAUACAGGAGGACAGCAGUUGAGACUGUAGUAUGUAUGGCACUAUGCAGUUCCUCAGAGGGAUUAUUUUGUAGCUCAUCCUCAUGUGCUAUCAUGAGGGAUAAUUUUCUCACUCCUCAUCAGUAGGAGAUUCUGAUUAUGAGGUGUUAAACGUAGACUCCAUGGUAUUGACACGAGCUAUGUAAAACGUUCUGCUGCAGGCUCUUUAAAAGCUCGGGGCCCCAAGAAUUACGUACUUUUACAGUAAUCACUGCUUACAGCAAAAAUCACACGCUUCUGUGAUUUACGUCCCGCACUGCAGGUUGUACACCUGUGUAACUCAGAGCGCCAUUUCAGAAACUGCCAGAAGUUGAACAAUAUAACAAAACAAAACCAACAAAAAACAACUCAUUGUAACCAUGUUUGUCACCUGCAAGAAAAGGCUUCGUUAUUUUACCUUCAGAAUAGUUUGCCUCUCUUCCAUCUUGAUUUCUUACAAUGGACAGCAGCAAUGACCAAAGGGUCAAGUUUGAUGGGGCAGGUGUUGUUCAGGUGCUUGCGCCCACUUGAUCAGAGCUGAACAGAUUUAAUCUCUGUUCUUUAUAGCAUCAGUGUCUGUUAACUGUGCUUGCACACUUUGCUACCACAUAGGUAGAAGAAGCAUUAACUACUUCUGAACUUGCUAUAACUGUGGUAGAUAGAUCCUUCAUGGACCCUCUCCUGCUUUAGUUUGUCUGUUGUUGCUGCAAUAUCUCCAUGAUGUUUGUAUCUGUGUGUUAGCUUGCUGCAUUCAAUGAUGGUUUUGCCCAGAGUUUUAUACACAAGCCUUGUAUGGACCAAUGUACAAAUGUAAGGUCUCCUUAAUAAAACCCAAGCUGGAGUGUCAGACUUCA